AUGACCGGCGACCCACCUCCAGCCCUUGUACAAAGCCUGGCAGAUCUCAACGAAUUCUACAUCAGUGAUGGCUCUGCAGUCACACCGUCCGCCGAUCAUGCCGCCCAAAGUCCUUACUCUGAACGUUUCAUCCACCAGGGCAUCCUGAAACGCUACCCCAGUCAGAUCAGCGUGGUCCACAGCCAUGACCUUAAAGUCAUUCCUUUCGGCAUAAGUGAGGUUCCUUUCAAGCCUACCUACCACAUGGCUGGUUUCGUUGGUGAAAAAGUUCCCGUCUUUGAUAUCGCCAAUUACUACCUUCCAAACGAUACGUAG